UUCUUUUUUCCAGGUUCAGUCUCUCAAAAUCCUCUUCUUUUCUCCCCCCGUUCCCUCUCCUGCAGAGAUUCCUUCCACCCUCCCUCUGUCUCCGGAUAUCCAGAGAUUCUCUCCUCUCCUCAGAUUCCAGAAACCCCCGUGCUACAUAGAAAGCUUCAAAGAAACAAGAAGUAAAGAGGGAAAAAGAGAGAGAGACAGAGAUGGUGGAGUUUUCUAAACAGAGGUCCAAGAUGAAACCGUUCUCCGUGUGAUAUCUCCCGCCAAAUCUCUCGUUGCCCGCGUAAUGGAAGCAAUCGAUUAUAGUAGAAGACGACGACCGCGGCUUAAUGAUUCCACCGGUGACCAAGUAGAAGGUGAGGCGAGGAAGCUCCGCCGCCACAGGCUCCCCUUCUGGUUCUGCCCCCCGAGCCGCCCCCCGGGCUCCUGAGUUCCUUGCCUUCGUUCCUUGUCCAUCUUCUGCUAUCUCUUGGGUUGGUUUUCUCUUUGCUUGUGAUCUGUUUUGAAGGGAUAUGAGUUCGAUUCCGCUGGGGGAUUACGGAGUUCUGAGAGGGUUUUGUGAGGCUCCCGGGUUCGCUGCGGGGGCGUCAGCGACGCUGGUGUUGGAUGGGGAGAGAGGGGAGCUGGUGAGAACGCCCGCCCAGGUGGGGAAGAAGGGGAAAGGUGGCGUCUUGGACGCGAAGGUGGCGAUGGCUUUGAAGAGCCACAGCGAGGCGGAGAGGAGGCGGAGGCAGAGGAUUAAUGGUCACCUCGCCACGCUUCGGAGCAUGAUUCCGUGUACAGACAAGUUGGAUAAAGCUGCACUGCUUGCAGAAGUGAUCGAUCACGUAAAGAGACUGAAGAGCAGCGCAAUGGAGAUCUGCAAGGGUUGCACACUUCCAUCAGAUGUUGAUGAAGUGAGAGUUGAAGUUGAAGGAGAUGAAAUGAACAGCGGGAGCUUUAUAAUCCGGGCAUCACUUUGUUGUGACGACCGGCCAGAUCUCCUCACUGAUAUAAGACAAACACUCCAAACUCUGCAGCUGAAAACUAUCAGGGCAGAAAUUUCAACGCUUGGUGGCAGAGUUAAGAAUGUUGUUGUCAUGAUGUGUGAAGGAACUGCCAGUGAUAUUGAAAAGAAUCUUUACACCUCCUCUGUUCACCAGGCCCUGAAGUCCAUUCUUGAUAGGGUCAACUCAUCAGUUGACCUUCUGCCAAGGACCGCAUUCUCUAACAAAAGACGAAGGAUCUCACUCUAUGAAUCCUCAUGCUCCUCCUCGUGAAACUUUUGCAUGCUAAGGAAUGACUCGGUGGCGCACACUUUUAUGGUGCUGCUGUGGCUUGUUCAUUUAUGUUCAUAUUGUGGUGGAAGAUUUCCCAUGGAUAUAAAGGUGCUUGUUCUUGAUAUAUAUAACUAUUACCGACCAGUGUUUGGGGGAAGGCCAGGUUCAAGUUAUAUUAAGAAUUACCAUGACCACCAGCAGAUUUUUGUUAAAAUGCUGUGUAGCUUCUGUACCUUUCCUCGAAAGCACAUUGUUACUUAUUUAUUGAUGUGAGUGCAUGUAUACCACUUUAGUUUGCAAAGUAGGUCCUGGACCAUGUGGGUUUUUGAUAAAUGAAAUAAAGCAGUAUAUGUAAACUUUGCUUCUGUUGCAUGGAAUGAUAUGUGUAUAUUUUGUGCU